AUGAUAAAUGACAAAGUGCUUGUAUCACAAGCUUUGAUAGGCAGAAGACGCUAUAAGGAUCUCGAUUCUUUUGGAUGGACUCAGCAUCCGACCCACUACGCAACUACAGAUCAACUUGGGAGCAAUUAUUUUGCCGUUUUUCUCUCCACCAUCCGAGGUUGCCUCACAAGCUCGGGAAGGGGAGUUGUGAAAGGCGAGGCCGCGCAGAGCGAGUUCGUCCGAACGACCACAACCGAGAGCCUUGUUGUAACCCUUCAGGUUCUGCAUUGUGAGGAGACCCUCACGCCGGUUAUGCAGUCCUGCGUUUCCACGCCGCAGUUGCGCAGCGUAUCGUGCGGGGACUCGGCUCCUGAUGCACAGCUCCUAAACGAGUGGGUGAUGUUCCCCCUGCGGUUGUGUGAUAUUCCGCUGGAUGCUGUCGUUGACUGCCGUGUGUACGACUCCAGGGGCGGCACCUGCCUCGGCGUGGCGCGGUUUCACCCGUUUGAUUUGCUUGGGGAGCUUCGGACAGGCGAGCUGACAUGCGAGUUGCGGUACCCUGCGAGUGUUGGAGGCGAGGAGGGGUUCGAUGAGACCUCGCACGAUGAGAUUCUUUCUCACGCCGGGCGGGAGUCUAGUUCCGACCCGGAGGAUUCCUUCACUUCCGUCUCGUCAUCCCUUCAGGGGAAUAUGCUUGGUGAAUCAUUGCUCCGGGCGCGGUAUCGUGGCAUGUUCCCCGCCAUUCCCUGGUUGGAUGCGAUAACCGAGGACUUUCUUCAGCAGGAAUCGCGGUUGAUCACUUCAGUUGAAACGAGUGAGAAAGAAGUGGGAUCAUCAAGUGAUGGUGCUUUACAGCACUUCGGAAAAGCAUAUUUGCAGCUUUACUUACCUCUGCCCUCCGAACCUAUACCUAUUCUGGCGCAACACACGCCACAAAGGUUUCUCGGUGGUAAAGACCCCAACGUGCGCUAUACCGCUAAGGCUUUGCUCAGCGCGUACGCAGCGGAUGCCAAUACACCAUAUGUAGACCACUAUUACCUUUUCAAGAAUCACAACGUUUGCGAGGCGAUGGCCGCCAUUCAGGCCCGUUCGCUUUACCUUUUGUACGAUAGCACUGCCGCGCCAGGGAUACGGGAGCGGCAGCGUUUGAUGGAGCUCGCUGCCCGGCCGCCCGUUCAGUUAGAUCCACCGCGCAUCGAAGAUGUCGCGCUGCUGUGGAAGUAUCGUCACUUUGUCUGCAAGGACUCGCGCUUUUUUCUCACCUUUUUGCGCACUGUUGACUGGAACCAGCCGAACUCGGCGGAGGGGCGGGUGGCCACGGAGCUCAUCGCGCAAUGGAAGUCGGUCGGCCUCUCUGAGGUGCUUGGCUGUCUGUCUAGACUCUUCAGCGGCGUAGCGCCGGUGCGUCAGUUUGCCGUGCAGCUGCUGAACCGCGAGAGCGAUGCGAGGUUGUGCUGGUUCUCUGUCUGCCUUAUUCAGGCGCUGCGCUAUGAGAGUAAACACCAGGAGCUGACGCGCUUCCUCCUCAACCGCGCCGCGCGACAUUGGGAGCUUUGUUGCGCACUGUACUGGGGGUGUUUGGUGGAGGGAGCUCUCGAAGGUGAAUCCGGGCAGAGGCUGCAGACGGAGCAGCAAUCGCCCAUUCUGAAUAUUUUCCAUCAAUUGGAGGAUAUGUUGGCGAAAACGCAGCCGCUUUUUCUCUGUCGCCUCCAGCGCCAGCGGCGUCUUAUUAACUCCCUGCGCGAGCUUUGCUCCACGUUGCAGAGGGCCCCCAUUGACCGGCCGGGAAAGAUCGAGCUUGGAAGAAAACUAUUAGAGAAAAUGGUAUGUGGCUUUGAUGAGGUCUUCUCACGGUCCGGUAGUAGUGAAAUCCCGACAGGAUCAUCCAGGACCCUCUAUGCUACUGCAGCCGACAGAGACGGCGAGCAUGAGGACAUGACACAGGGCGACGUCCUCGACAUGCCCGGCACGGCUACCCUGCCUUGCCAUCCCGCCCUCGCUUUUGAGGGUGUCAGUAGUUCCAGCUUCUCCAUUUUUAAAAGUUCCAAGUUCCCGGUACAGGUUGUCUUUCGGCUUGCGGCACGCCCCGCGGGAGCUCUCGAUUCUAUUCCAAAGGUGGGCCAUGGCUUAGCCUCUUUGAAGAGCCCCUCGGAUGGCGGCCCCCUUCCACGCCAUGAGGUGGAGACGAGGCCGAUUGUGCAGACGGAAGGGCCGGAGGAACCCACCGCGGCGGGGGAGAGGAUCUCCACGGCAGUACGUGGUUCGCGCGGUAUGUCGGCGACGCCAUCACACGCCCGUGUUUUCCAGCCGUUGGCCUUCAGUGCGCCAUCGGACGCGGUCGAGGAGCUGCCCAUGAUGUUCAAACUGAACGAUGAUGUGCGGCAGGAUCAGCUGGUGUUGCAACUCAUCUACUGUGUGGACAGCUUUCUGCGACAGGACGGCUUAGAUUUGUGCUUGACGCCCUACCGCGUCGUCGCCACGGGCCCCAACGAGGGUCUUAUUGAAGUUGUGCUUAACGUGGCCACCUUCCAGAGUGUUCAGCGUGAUAUGCUCAAGUACUUGCGUCAACAUAACCCCACCCCCUCGGCGAUGCAAGAGGCGAUGGAUCGGUACAAACGGAGCUUCGCAGGCUACUGCGUUAUAACCUUUGUGCUGGGUAUCGGGGAUCGCCACCUUGAGAAUAUCCUCGUUGCGCAGGAUGGGCGGCUGCUUCACAUUGACUUUGGCUAUAUCUUGGGUAACGAUCCGAAACCGUUUCCGCCGCCGAUGAAGAUAAACCGCGAGAUGAUCGAUGUUUUGGGCGGUCCUCAGAGCGUUGGGUACGUCGAGUUUAAGUCGUAUUGUUGCAGUGCGUAUAACAUUCUACGCAAGCAUGCUGCGCUUUUUCUGCAUAUGCUUCAACUUAUGAGUCAUGCCCGUUCGUUGCCACAGAUUACCGGAAGCGGCAUUGUAGACCCAUCCCUCAUUCUUCUGCAGGUGCAGGACAAGCUAAGACUAGACCUCAGCAACGCACAGGCGACUCAGUACCUUCAGACCGUCAUUGCCGACAGUGUGGGAUCUGUUUUUACGGGGUUGUGGGAUGUGCUCCAUGCCGCUGCGCAAGCCACGCGUGUCUGA